AAUGAUGAAGAUCAUCAAUCGACUACACAAGUCUAUGAUGCUUCUCCAGUAUUUUUCGACCCAGUCCUGGGACUGGUCUUCAGAUAAUAUGAAUAUGUUAAUGAGUCACCUUAACACAGAGGACAAAAAGUUAUACAACUUUGACGUUCGUCAGCUGCACUGGUCAGAAUACAUUGAAAGCUAUUGCCUAGGUGCUAAGAAGUACUUGUUAAAUGAGGACAUGGCUGGCAUUCCAGCAGCAAAGCAGCACUUACGAAAGCUGAGGAACAUCCGAUACGCGUUCAACACCACCCUACUUGUGAUCAUCUGGCGCAUUUUCAUUGCAAGGUCACAGAUGGCUCGAAACAUCUGGUACUUUGUGGUCAGCCUCUGCUACAAGUUUCUUUCCUACUUCAGGGCAUCCAGCACCCUCAGGCACUGAAGCCAUCCAUCAGCAACCAGCCUCUUCCAGAAGGACCUCCAUCUCCUCUAAUCAGCAACUGUGGGCAUCAGGGUCUGAAAGUAGCAGAAAAAUCCACUCCCUCCAA